CUGCGGCGUCGUAUUACUUCGCAUUCAACCUUACCGUCACAAGCCCACACUCUCCGCAUCCCUGGCUACGAGCCUUGGCCCUCGUAUUCAGGGGGUUAGCGGCUAAUCACGGUCGUCUGAUUUGCUGCCGCCUUCCACUACACGAAGAAUUCCUGCAGUUGCUUCUAUUCUUCAAGCGACUAGGCAGGGCUUUUUAGGCCCAUCGCGAGAGGGCUGAGCUCGGUCCAGCAGACAUGUCGGUAUAACGAGAUGUUACAAAGGGCCCCCGAUUCCUCACCAAAUUGCCUUUUUUAUUGUCGACUAUUCCCACGCUGACUAGCUCCCUCGUCAGUGUUUCGGUUUCUCCCCCUUCCUUCUUAUUAACUCGAGGACCAAAUCAGUGCUUUGGUGAUAGCUUGAUCCUCCCAGAUCACCAAACAAACGUCACCUCGUUCCCUACUUCGAACGCGCAUACAGAUUUCCUUAGAUUCGAGAUGGCGCCUAGACGCGGUGGAAGCAGCGGCGGCGGUAGCAGCAGCAGCGGUGGUCUUGAUUCCAGCCCUGCCUGCCCCGGAGCCUUUACAGGAUACAGAGGAUUUGGCACCACCAUCGUCAUCUUUGUAGGAGUCGUUCUCUUCUGCUUCUUCACGCUCCUGGUUCAUAUCGGCCUCUGUUGUGUGCGAAAACGUCAUCGCGGUCUCAGCACCAAGAAGUUACUCGGGCCCAUCUACAUCACAGCGCUCUCGUUCAUGUUGUUUUCGUGGAUCCUCACCAUCAUCACUGUGGUACUUGCAGAAUGCGGAGUGUCUGCUUACAUGACUCCACUGUAUCUCUCGAUUGUAUACAGCCUGUUCUUCCGCCUCGGCACCUUCCUCCUACUCUGCGUGGUAGUAUGGAGCAUCAACUCGAUGCUCCGCGAGCGCCUGAGCAGGAAAGGCCAACUUGGCAUACACAAGAUGGUCCCAAUCGCGCUUCUGGCUAUCAUGGGCGUGUUGACGGCUGUCUACAUCGGUAUAUCUAGCUACUUAGUCUGGGCGUCUGGGCAGUUUGAUUCGGAUGGCUACGACGGGUACAGAUUGAGAACGCAAAAACUCCGCCUCGUUUUGCCAAAGCUUUACCAGGCUUAUGUGGCCCUUUACAUUGUCAGUCUUGCGGUUGGGUAUGGGCUUGCUUUGCAUUCCAUCUUUGCUUUGCGGUCGAGGGUCCGCACUCCCGUCUCGGACCUCAUCCUCUGGACCUCAAUCAUAUUCGCCACCCUAAUCCUCUCAUCCAUCUUCGACAUCUCCGGCUACUCGACCUCGAUGCGAUUUAACGUUUCCCAAGUCACAGGCGAUGCCCUCUACUAUGUUGAGAAUCUGUUCCAGAUCUUAGGUUUCGCGGCGAUUCUGUUCCUCGCUAAAUGCCGCUCUUGGGAACUCGCUACCAUUGGAGGCACCGAUGUCAACGUCACUUCGGACAUGGGACAAUAUCCCUAUGACGCUGCGCAGCAGCAGCAGGGUUACUAUCCUCAGACGUAUCAGACGACGCAGCAUUCUGGGUAUAAUCAGGCCCCGAACGAGAUGCCUGCAGCUGCGCCUGUACAAGGGUAUGUCCGAUGA